AUGGCGAGUGGACAGCUGUCGAGGGAAGAGGCGUUGGCGUGUUCGGGCUACAGGCACGCGUGCCAUGUGAUGCUCUACUCUGACACUAAAACUCAACUGUUUGGGAAAAUACCUAUCAGACACAUCGUGCUGAUGCAGAUGCGUUAUGACGGUCUGCUGGGUUUCCCCGGCGGGCUUGUCAACCCAUCAAAAGAAACGCUGGAGGCGGGCCUUACGAGGGAGUUGUUGGAGGAGGUGGGUGUGGCUGUCCCCGUAUCAGAAGAAGACCUUGUGGCCUCCCGCUACGCUCCUGCUCCUUUCGUCUUCUCCUCCUCCUCCUCUCCCUACCGUCUCAUCACUCACUUCUAUGUGAAGAAGAUGGAGGAGGAGCAGAUCAGGGAGGUGGAGAGAGCCGCCGUGUCCACGGCAACAGAUCACGGACUGGAGGUUCUGGGAAUGGUCAGAGUUCCGCUCUACACCACAAAAAGCAAAGGAGGCCUCGGGUCCUUCCUGACGCACUCGUUCAUCGGUAACUCUCGCUCCCAGCUCGUCGACUCUGUGCUGCGCCUGAACAUGGUCUCUGCCGAGGAGAUGCACAGAGCCCUGACGCACUCUCUGAAGAUAUACUCACACACGGCAGGAGACCUGAGAGCAGCGCUAGCACUGACAGAGGCGCCGAGGAAGCCGCGUUGAACCACACACACACAAAUAUCAAUGUAUUGCACAGCUUUUCUUCUAACAUAACCAGUUCUAUCCCUAACAAUAACCAGUUCUAUCCCUAACAAUAACAGCAAUUCAAGUCUUAGUCCUGAACUUAACCAGCUCCCCAGAAAUGAGGUUCUGCCUCAUUAGGAGCAGAUUUCGGUCUCCAAUGGGGGCUACUGGUCCUGACAAGGUCAGUGUUUCUCUAACACACACACACACACACACACACACACACACACACACACACACACACACACACACUCACUCACUCGUAGAUUUUCGUAGAUGUGUAGUUCACUCACACACUUGAUCCUACACACACACACACAGACACACACGUAAGCUGCUGACUCAUAGUUGCCUGCUGUGCAUCAAACAGUUUUUCUUUUGGAGGAAACAUUAUCGACUACAGCAAAAUUGAAAAAAAAAAGGUAUAUGAUAUAAAAUGGAAAGGUAUUUCACAGCCCUACAAUAAACGCUUCAUAUGUUA